AUGCAUUAUCUCCUCAACUCUCCACCAGCUGUACCUCAGUCCUCCAUCACUGCAGAUGACUUUAUGGUCUUUUUUGAGGAAAAGAUCAUGGCCAGCCAUAACACAGUUGGCAGACUGUACGAACAAACAAAACUGAAGCUGCUUAGAUUUUACAUUUGCACUAAAGAGGAAGGACCUUCACCAGAUCAGUCUUCAACUGAAGAGGAUUACUGUGAAGCUUCAUCUGUCAGCAUCCCUGAGGGAGCAGGUUCACAGUUGACCAAGGAUGGAUCUCACCUUGAUGUACAUGACUCCAUUACAGAUCCACUGGAUCAUGGACACUCAUCUGACAGUGACAUAAGCCAACAGAAUCUCCAUUUCCAGUUGCAACAAAGACCCAAACGAAAAGCAGUGUCUGAGACUGUGACAGCACAAGGUCCAAGAACAUCACAACCCUUUCGUUCAACCCCAAAAGACAUUGAAACCAUUCACACUGGACAGCGGCAGGACACCAAUGCAAAUAAUUAUGAUUUGGAAGUGCACUGGAAUAAUCUCCAACCUUCUAAUGAUUUCAAUGACUCCAUUGAUAUUGUUGACCUCACUGGAGCAGCUCCUAAUGUCUCCCUACAAACAGAGCCUGAGCACAUCCGUCAAGUUAAUUUUGAUGAGGAACCAGUAGCAGAUGAUGCAGAUACAGUCCUAUGGGAUCCAGAAGAUGACCUCAGCAGAGCAGAUGGAGAUGAGGCAGUUGUAAUCACAUUGCACUACAUCAACAGUGAGGAUAUCACACAGAGUACUGAGAUGAAUGGACUCCCAUUGCCCUCAUCUAAUGACCUGCCUACACUAGCUCUGGAGUCCAUAGAUGGGGAGGCAGUGCAAACUGCACAGCACAGUGGACCGACUCUUUUACCACAAGAUCCAAGCAGCCAGCCUUCGCUAUCAACCUCACCUGACAACCCAGGGAAUCCAGAGAACACGCGGCUGUGAAGGGGAAACGGAGCGAGUGCCGAGGCUGAGGCCAGACUUCUGUGAGGCUGAAUGGCAAGCGGUUGGGCGGAUCUGGGUGAAAGGGUUAUUAGACCACGGUGUCAUGCCCGUGAAGCUCUCAAAGGCUUUCAUUUUAGCCUGUAUUCAUGGCAUUGACUCAGUUGAUGUAGACGUCCUGAUGACGUCAUUUUUCAAUUUCCUUCCUCCUGUUGAGAGAUCAGCUGUUGAGAAGGCUCUCCAGGGGACAAUGGAGGAAAGUGAUGAAGAGGAUUUGCUUGACCUCUUUACGAGGAUGGGUUCC